AUGUCAAACCAGCGAACUUCACGCCCAAAGCCCCCCCCUCCAGGCAACGAAGAAGCUUCCGCGACUUUGAACCUGGGAGAAUUCCAAAACGUCGACACCUUGACUCUGUCAGAAGCAGCGCUUGUUCUGAACGCGCUGGUUGCUAAGCGUCGAAAUGAUCGCAAGAACGUCAACGAGACCGAGAUGCUAAACCAGACGCUCAACUAUCUGGAUCAUUUUGCCCGGUUUACGCAAAAGGAAAACGUGGAAGCUGUCGAACGUCUGUUGAGCGCACAUAAGGACCUGGCCAAGUUUGAGAGGGCGCAGCUGGGAUCAUUGUGCUGCGAAAACGCCGACGAAGCCAAGACUCUUAUCCCGUCGCUCGCCGACAAGAUCAAGGACGAGGACCUGCAAGAUUUGCUCGAUGAAAUCUCCAAACUACAAAACCGAUGA